AUGAAGUUUUCUAGAUCUUCCUUUACACAUCUAAUCAAUCUAUCAUUUAGAACUAAUCCUCUUACUACAAUCUAAACUUCAUAGAGUAAUUCUCGUUUGUUUGAGGUCAAUCCCAAAAUUGAUGAUCUCUUAAAAAAAUCUUAAACUAUUUUCACUAAAUCAGAAAUCAAGCCUAAAUAAUAAGAUUAGAAAAUAAUAUAAAAUAAUAGUUAUAUGCUAAUACUAGAACAAAUCUAAAAAGAAAAAAAGCAACUCUUAACCCUAUUAUUAUAGAAAGAUGGCAUCAUUAAAGAAUAAUAAAAUAAAAAUAAAACAAUUAGAUUUAUAAGAUAAAAGUUUAGUUAAAUAAUUGAGUUAAUUUAACAAUCUACAACCUUAAAUACAAUAAUUUGA